UUAGUUCAGGGGGAGAGUUUCAAAAAUUAAACUGUCAGUUCAGUUACUGCAGUCCUGUUACAACAUGUUUGUAAAUAUUUUCCUUCAAGCACUGGUUUUAUUCAGAGAUGCAGGUUUUGACCUGUCAGGAUGAAGCUCCUAUUUCAUUUGCUUGCCCUUGCUCUCAUCAUAACUGCCACAUUUUGUGGAGUCAAGGACUUUGCUGAGCAUUUUGAAAGCCUUAAAGAUGCACAGCCACAAGAAAAUGGGACCUAUGAUAUGCCAAACUUAUCACCAGAGUUCCACAGAGAAAACACUAUCACUAAUGACUUGAUUCCUGAAGAAGAGGAGGAAGAGGACUAUCUAGACCUCGACAAGAUACUGGGUGAAGAUGACUAUAGUGACAUUAUUGAUGCUGGCCCAUACAUGGUUUCUGAAAUUCAGCAAGGAAAUAUUCUUGAACUAUUCCAAGGCAAAACCAGAAUCCAGCGUCUCAAUAUCCUCAAUGCAAACUUCGGCUUUGACCUUUACCGCAGUGUGGCAGACAAAGCCAACUCUUCAGAUAAUAUUCUCAUGGCUCCUGUUGGCAUUUCCACUGCAAUGGCUAUGAUUUCUCUGGGUCUCAAGGGUCAAACUCAGCAGGAAGUAUUAUCUGUUCUUGGCUUUCAAGAAUUCAUUAACGCCAGCACCAAAUAUGAGCUCAUGACUGUUCAUAAUCUCUUCCGCAAACUCACUCAUCGGCUAUUCAGGCGCAAUUUUGGUUAUACCCUGAGGUCGGUCAAUGAUCUUUACAUUCAAAAGGACUUUUCUAUUCUUAAUGAUUUCAGAAACAAUAUGAAAACAUACUACUUUGCUGAUGCCCAACCAGCUGAUUUUUCAGAUCCCAGCUUCAUAACUAAAACAAAUGAACGCAUCUUGAAGCUGACCAAAGGAUUAAUAAAGGAAGCUCUUGUGAAUGUAAACCCUACAACACUGAUGAUGAUUCUCAACUGUCUUUACUUCAAAGGAACUUGGGAGAAUAAGUUUCCAGUGGAAAUGACAAUGAAGAAAAGUUUCCGACUGAAUGAGAAGCAAACAAUAAAAGUUCCUAUGAUGCAGACUAAAGGGAACUUCCUUGCUGCUGCAGACCCUGAGCUAGAUUGCGGUGUGAUCCAGCUCCCAUUCGUCGGGAACAUCAGUAUGAUGAUUGUACUUCCACACAAACUCUCUGGCAUGAAAGCCCUAGAAAAGCAGAUAACACCUCAAGUGGUGGAAAAAUGGCAGAAGAGCAUGACAAACAGAACAAGAGAAGUGGUUCUGCCCAAAUUUAAGCUGGAGAAGAGUUAUAACUUGAUUGGUUAUCUGAGAUCCAUGGGAAUAGAAGAACUGUUCAAAGAAACAGGGGACUACUCUGGUAUAUCGGAUGAGAAAGUCACCAUUGACAGGUUCAAUCAUCAAGGCACAAUAACUGUGAAUGAAGAAGGCACAGAGGCUGGAGCAAUAACCAACGUCGGGUUCAUGCCUCUUUCUACUCAGAUUCGCUUUAUUGUCGACCGCCCUUUUUUGUUUCUGAUCUAUGAACAUCGUACCAGUUGCCUUCUGUUCAUGGGUAGAGUUGUCAACCCAGCCAAGUCUUAAAAGCAGAGAAGACCUCCAACAUGCAGUUAUACAUGGGCUGUAUCGUUACAAGUUAAUAUACCAGUAUCAUAAAGGAAAUUUUAUUGUCAUAUUAGCUAAUACAAAAGCCACUGGUAUCGAAAGAAAAUAUAUUAUCUACAGGUAGUUUCAUAUGAAUGGACUCAUAGCAGUAGAUAAUUUCACUGCAAUUUAAAAUGGUUAGUGCCAUGUAUUGAUACAAGUGUAUUAAAAAAAAUAAAUCGCAAAGUAACUUACACUUUGUGUUCUACUUCAGUGUAUAAAAUAUAAUCAAUAAAAUAUUUAGACUAUCUGGA